CCAAUGAGAAUGCUGUAAUUACAAGUUGUAACCAAUGAUAUCAAAUGGAUGGGCUCUUUUACGAGAAGCGCCAACAGUCAAGAAAAGACGACUGCCAUAAAAUGGUGAAUAUUGUUAUAUGAACACAAUAAGUAUUCUUAAUAACGUUUUAAUUAGCUCGGACAUGUUUCUUUAUGUAGGCUUCUAGCGUAGGCGCAAAGCUACUGCAAAUAGCCUGUGUCACACUUUGAAGUUAAGUUGCAGUUACGUUAACUUGAGUCUUGGUAGCCUCAACAACCAGCUAGUUGGCAAAAUAAUGUAACGUUAGAAGCAUGAAGCUAGCUAGCUAAUGUUGGCAGCUAUAGCGUUGAAUGGCGUCUCCGUGUCCACGCACAAUGAGCAACCCCUUGGACCAAAUUCAGUAUAGCGACAGUGGAACUGGAUUCAUUUUAUCGAGACUGGACUGUUUUUAUGGCUUUUCGUUAAGUUAAGCGCUCUGGAGCCACUCACUGUCUUCGGGAGCACAGUAUACGGCAUGGCUUUACACAACUUGGUUUUUGUUAUCGAUGUUGGUUUUGGGGAUCAGGAUUCAUGUGAUCGGCUAAAUGUUAGGAAUCACUUUGUGAAACGAGGAAUACUACAAAUUCUGUUGCAUUUCGGCUACAAGUAUGGAUUUGAGAAAGUACGCUGGGGUUAUAGAUUCUUUCAGUCCAAAAGGGGCCGUAAUGCCAGCCUUAUAUCGAAGGUAUCAGACUUCAAGGAGCUUCGGCACAAGAGCUUCGAGGACUUUGAGCUAGAGUUUGAUGCCAAGUUUCACGAAAAGGAUAACGUGUACCUUUCUCGGCAAAAGCAGCAAUCCACUCAGUCCGCAUCCGUUCAGAAUGCCCUCAAAGAAACCCUGCUGGACUUCCAAUGGGACAGACCAGACAUCACUUCUCCUACUAAACUGUCCCUGAGGCCCAGGAAGUCGAGUCGAGCUGGAAAACCCAGUGUUUCACAGGAUGAUGAUAUUUCACUCAACGGGAAGAAUUUUGUGUUUUUAGUGUCGGAGUGUCCACGUUCCAGGGCACAACUUUUGGAUUAUAUUUCUUUAGGAAACCAUGAUGGACAUACAGAUGUGACAGAGCACAUUAUAUCCAGGGGCCUUCAGGACAUGCUGGUUCAACGACAGGUUGUGCUGCACUGGAUUGACAGUAGAUCACAUGUGCAGGUCUUUAGGUGUGAGGAUAACUUUGGCUCUGACAAGCUGUCUGAGGUCCUGGCUCAGGUGGGUGGUUCAGGCUUCAGACAAGAGACCUUUGCGUUCAAGUCCAGCAUCGGAUACUUGCUGUCUUCUGAGAGGCUCUACCGCCUAGUUUUUCCUGUCAUACAAGGCAAUCUGCGGUGGGGGCAAGGUGAGGUGACACAAAGCUGUGGCAUCAAAGUUGAGCCAGUGUCUUGCAGACAGAGGCUGCUCCCAGAGCCGGUGGAAGUAUGUCUGAAAGGAGUGAUACUGGGGUGGGACGCCUCAUCACUGACACAGACUUCCACUGAGUCAUGGGUGCUUCGUUGCUCCAGCAGCAGUGAUCAGGAAGCGGUCUUCCAGCAUCUCCUAACCAAACUGUCUACUCAUGCUCUGCACAUGCUAGCUGAGGUGAAUUACAGCAGCCUUCUGUGCUCAGCAGUCCUCGUCCCCUUGUCACACUCAACAGCCCUGCUCACCAUUCUCCAGCCUGGAAUCACUCAGGACGAUCAGCUCCUUACUGCUGAAACCAUUGCCCCUGCCACAGUAGAAAACUCAGCUGACCUGCCAGAUGUUGUGAGCAGUGUUCUUGGAGUAGUGUAUGACAACAUGGAGGAGGACAGUGACAGUAUCGAUGACAAGCUAGAAGAUUUGGAGGCUUGGUUCCCUCAGUCAGACCAGUCAGGAGUGAGCUCUCAUUUAAUGGAGUCAAUGAAAUUAUUGCAUGCAGUGCCAGAGAAGCAAGAGGAGGAGCAGCCGUUUGUCCUACAGCAGGAGCUGAUCAGUGGUCUGGCUGAGUUAUACCAGUCAUCCCAGGGCACAGACAGCAAGAGGGGCAGGAAAUGUGGCGCCCAGCGCACACCAGUGAGACAGAAGAUGAAGACCAUGAGCCGCUCCCUGCAGAUGCUGAAUGUAGCACGGCUGAAUGUGAAAGCCCAGAAGACCCAGGCUGAAACCGAGCAGCUGGAGCCAGAGGGCAGAGGGACAGACAAACUAGGGAAGAGACCAUCAAGUGCCAGGAACAAAUCUGGAUCAGCAAGCACUAUGAGUUUCACUAGUGAGGCAGAGCUGCUGUCCCAUCUGAAGGCCAUUUACGAGAAGACUGUGGCAGAGAGAGACGCAUCCGUACUCACCAGUGUCCAGCAGCUCCUGACUGCCCUGAAAACCUUCUUCAUGACUGAAUCUGAUCGGGAGGUGAAGACCUCCCUGUUUAUCCAGCAGCACCUUCUCAAGACCAGCAAAUCGAUUCGGCAGCUCUAUGGCACAGCUACUGAUGUUGAUAGCAAAGUUAGAGAGUGUCAGCUUCAGGCUGUGUUGAGGUUGGAGUUGUGCAGACUUUUCCCGUCUGACUCAGUAGAUGCUGAUCAGAUGGCAGAGGAGGUGGCUGAAAUGCUCAGGAUUAUCUCGCUAACCAAAGAUCCAGUUUGCCUGGCAAAAUUCCUUCAAGACAAGGUCCUCCCAGGGUUCCUGACAGCCGUCCCCAAGGUGCUUGCAGACAUCUACCACAGUCUGGGCACCCAGCUCCCUGAGGCCUUGGUGGCUGUUCUGCCCGCUGACUUCUUCAGUGAUGAGUCAGUUGGCAAGGAGGGUGUUUCUCCUUCAGUCUCCUCACCUCCCCUGUUCACACACAGCCUGGGUGUGGGUGGCCAAGAUUGUCUGGAGAGCCUGAGAAAUCGCUCAGCCAAGAAGAGGAGGUUGCUGACUCAUCACCGCAGUAUGACUGAAUCAUCACAGAGUCUUCGCCAAGUGGAGAUGCCCAAAAAAACUACACGAACUAAAUCAAAGGUCCAUGCUCCUUUGGAUAAACCUGUCAUAGAACCACAACUUCGGAAACAACAAACACAAGAGGUUACCAAGGUGAGAAGAAACCUGUUCAACCAAGAGAUUGUCUCACCCUCAAAGAAAGCCAGGCUGCCAAGAAGCCAGUCUGUGUCCGCUGUGGAAGGAUUGAAACGCAAGCGAUCUCAUGAGCCUGAAGGGAGACACAAACAUCAAACACAGACAGUGUGUGAGACACCUCUGCACCAGCAAGUGUCCGGUCGUCUCCUAUACCGGCAAAGAAUGGGAAGGAGAUCUGUUCCAACUGACAAGUGCAUUGUGGAAGAGUCGCCAGUAAAACCAGCAGAUGACCGAAGGAGGAGCCCAAGGAUAAAGAAGUUUGCUAGAAGGCACUCAAGCACCUUCUAUUCAAGUUCUCAGCCUCGCUCCCGCAACCUGGACCGGGCUCUCUCUGCCUCCCAGUUUACUCUCAGUGAUGCCAAAAUCAAUGAGGUUAAUGUAGAAGCAGUUCGGUCCCCCAUGCGUCUUCUUUUUGGGGCUGCUACUUCCCCCAGUCAUCGAUCUGACCAGUCUUGUGCAACCAGGGCCACCAGGUCACAGCUGUCCAGUGACUCUAGUGUUUUUGAGAGCCCAAAUAAAACUACAACAAUGUUGCCCAGUAAACGUGGGAGCACCAAUCUUGGGAAUACGACUCCUAGGACACCCAGAACCGCUCACAUCCAAGGAACCCCCAAAACCCCACCUUCAUACAGUACGCGUGUUUUUUCUGUUGCAGAGAGCCCUGUAACCAGCAGCGUUUGUGAGCUUGGUAUGGCUCUUAGGGGCAGUCCUUCCAGAUCUCCAGCCAGAAAGACACUUGUAGUAGACACACCUACUAAGCAGAGUCCUCUAAGGAGCCCCCUGAAGGGUAUUCUCAAGACUCCAGUCAAAGCUCUGACGGAAUGUAGCUCGUCUUCUGAAUUGCAUCUAUUCAAAAGCCCGAUUUCCAAAACUCCAAGAAAGUGUGUCUCAUGGUCUCCAUCUCCACAGAAAUGUGGAGUGGCAGAGAACGGUGCUAUUUUCAAGUUACCAGGGUCACCUUGUAUUACAUCCCGCAGUUCUCCGAGACUGGUGAACACAGCCAACAAGUUCAGCAGUCCCGUCAAAAGCACAAACACUGAAAGAGACAUUUUCAAGACGCGAGAGAAAAUUUGUCAAGUAAGCCUAUUAAAGCUUUCUGAAAAUACAGAUAGUGUUAUUUUGAUAGAGGAAGAAAUUUGCAACAGAAAUAAAACACCAGACAAAGGCGACAGUCCACUGGAAAUGCCUCUUUCACAAUCCACAAUCAUCUCCCGUGAAACCAAGGCCAGAACUCAAACCAAGACUCCUAGUUCUAGUGAUCAAAUUGUUACCCGCUCUGGACAAACUCCAGGCAAAGGUUUACACCUUGUAUCCCCAUGUAAGCCAGUGGUUACACCUGUAGGGGGUAGUACUGUUCCAGAAGAGUUGGAUAUGCCACUAAAACCAUCAGUAAACUGCCUGAGAAGAACCAGAUCUGGCCAAAAUGUCAGAACCACCAGACGCAACUUAAGAUUCCAGUCUAGUGAGAAUGUUCCAUCCAAAUUAAACACAAAAUCUAAGAACUGUGACCUAAUGGAAAAGAGCAUGCAUUCCGAUACAAAAGAAGAGGUAGAAACUGAACUUUUCCAAUCAUCUGAAAAUGACUCUAGUUCCCAGACAGAAUCGCAGCAGUUUGACUCCUCACAUUUUACCUCUGCAUCCACAGAUGACGAUAGUCUGGACAUUGUUGAUGCAGCUGUCGUAAAAACCCAGUUUAGUGGGGGUCUUAAGAUGAACAUCAGUUUUUCACGAAAGCCUUCACAGUCUAAUAGAGACGUUGAAUUGAGCACAGUUUCUCCUAAACCACGUGUGCUGCCAGAGGUUACACCUGGGCGGAGCUAUGGCUUUCGACAAACCCCUGACCGCCAACAGAGGGAGGCUGCUGCUCGUUUGGGCUACGGAAAUGAUUCCCCUCGAUUUUCAACCCCGAGAGGCCUUGCAAGACGUUUUCGACAAAAGGGCACAGGUACUCCAGAUCCUCUGAAUUACCAAGUGGAAAUGGAAAUGCAAACAUCAGGGCUUCCCAAGCUUAGAAUCAAACGCUCAGAUUCCCUGAAUGCGGGUGAUUUGGUCUCAGAUGGAAUUCCUCAAUCAGGUGCUCAUUGCCCUUUACCUGGUCACCUGGACAGCCCCUUGGCUUUGUUUUCUAAGCACAGAGAUCCUGGAUGUGUGUCACCAUCUAUCUGUACUCAUGUCACCCCAGCCAAGAGCACACCUGCGAAAGGCAUCCAAACCUACAUCUGCCAGUCCUACACCCCUACACGCUAUUCUGGGGGAACAGUGUCUCCAGUGACAGCUGCAGAAAUCAUUCCCCUGACUCCAUCACCUCAGAGUAUAGGGAAGGGGACCCCAGAGAACCUCAACAGCUGGCCUCGCAGGAAGAGAGCUCAGGUUGGAGUGGGUGGAGGGAAGGAUCGUGGCCUGAAGGGGGAGCCUCUGCUGGAGGAAGCUGAGCUUGGAGUUAGCAGGUUGCAGGACUUUGAGGAUACCGAUGAGCCCUCAAAGAACAAAGCUGCAAUAUUAACCUCAACUUCCACACUGUCUCAUCCAGUCAGAGCCAAUGUACCUCCGCUCUCUCCACCGGAGGACUUGUACUGGAUGGAGAAGCUUGCUCAGCAGGCUGUGUGCGCUGAUCCCCGGAAAGCUGAAGAAGAAGUCAUUUGGGCUGCUGCUAGUGGAGAUGCCAAGUCAGACACUCCUCCCAACUCAAAGGUGAGGAAGCCAGUAACAGCGAGUGGGAUUUUGGCCCUAACUCAGUCUCCACUGUUGUUCAAGGGUAAAACAGCCUCUACUAGUAGAACACCAGAUUUCAAAGACAACUCCACAUCAGGGAGGAGGACAGAAUCUGAUGGAAAUGAGCAUUCACCCCUGAGCCGGUCGAUCGGACGCUCACACACAGUGAAGACCUACAGCAGGAAGAGACUACUUCACUGAACCACAAAGCAAUAACAUUGUCUAUGCUGAGGUUGUGGGCCUUUCUUAGCCCUGUGUUGCUUUGAUGGCAGAUCUGAAUAAUGUCUUUCUGUCACCCUUUUGAAAGGCUUAGUAAAUGAAUGAAUGUCACAUUGUUUCCUCCACCAACAGUUCUGACCCUGACAUUUCAUGUUCUAACCUGUAGCUUUUGUUUUAAUCAGGACGUUUUAAGAUUUAAGAGUAGAAGUUAUGCAGUUCUGCCAAGGUGUUUAAAAUUGCCCUUACUGUUCUCAUAUUAAUGACUUUACUAUUCAGAGUAGGUCAUGUUUUCUGGGUGAGUCUUUCUGAAGCUAAAGCCUUGGAAGAUGGUGAUAUGUCAGUUUUUUAAAAUUGUAAUCAGCCAUUUUAUAAUCGCGUCAGAACCUACAUUUGUUGAAAUGGAUACUCUUCAUGUUUUAGUUCUUGCCGUAAAAUUGCUUUUAAGUAAAAGGGAAGCUGUUGUAAUCAUUUGAUAUUGUAAAUACAUUGUGUUGUUGAGAUUUUAUGUAAAUAAAUGUGUUAAGUUAUUGAAAAUGUUUGUUCUGUACUUGCUUCCACGCAGAGCAGGAAAAGGCAAGAAAAGAAAAUCAAACAAGCACUGUUCACUUUACUGCACAGGCUGUCACGUCAUGUGUAUUUUACAAUUCCAGGGUAAGGCUUUCAGCAAAUAAAAGGAGACU